AAGAGGAAGGGGUCGCCGCAGACAGCUGUUGGUAAACACGUAGCGCGCGGUGCGUGCUGCUUAUAAGACGAGCCGGCACGUCCGGAACCCACAGUCUCCGACGAGCCAUCCGAAAUGAAGUACUACAUCGUUGCGAGCGUGCUGCUGGCCGCCCUGUGCGCGGGGAUGCCCGCCGACCCGGAGCCCGACUUCUGGUUCUCGACGUCGGUGCACCCGUCCGGGCCGCCGGCCCUCAGGCUGCGCCGAGCCAGCGGCGGGCAGGCGCCCGUCGACCCCGACCACGUGCCGUCCUCCGUGUGCCGCAACAUGACGCCCUCGCACGGCGGCAGCGAGCCGCAGGCCGAGCCCUGGCCCUACACGGUGUCCGUGGACAAGAGGCGCGUGGCCCCGGGGGACAUCGUCACCGUGACCGUGUCGGGCACGGACUCCUUCAAGGGCAUCUACAUCCAGGGCAGGAUCGGAGACACCCCUGUCGGCACCUUCCAGCCGCACGAGAACGAGGCCGUGGUCAUCUCCGACUGCGACCCGGGCACAGACAAUGCGCUGAGCUACGUAAGCAGGACUGCUCUGGAUAAUAUCGAGUUGAAGUGGAAGGCCCCUAAUACUCCAGGGAAUGUUAUAUUCAGGUGUACUGUUGUGAAGAGCUUCAGGGAAUUCUGGGUGGGAAUCAAAUCGCCUGAAAUCCAAAUAGUGGUAAGUGAAGAUACAUGUGUUUUUUUCUAACAUAUAUUGUUAAGAUAUUUACAAAACUUCGAUAAAAUACUGAUUAUUUCAGAUUGGCAUUACAAUUUUUGGCACAUACAAUUGUAGUUCAAAGCUCAAGGUAUUAGUUUAUAUUUUCAUAAAUAGUGCCAUCUCUAUUUUUACAUAAGAGGAAAUAUAAUAGCAGAUCCCUUUUAUUUACGGUUUGAAGUAACAUUAUAUCUGUUAGAUAUGGUUCUGUUACCUCUAACUCAAUUGCAAAUAGGUACUUGGUGUAAAAAUCUCAGCCUAUGGGUACUAAAUAAUCCUAUGGUAGUGGUCAUUGCACCUUUUCACUUUGAGAGUUACUGUAAUGAGAGAAUUAAUAACAUAUCUAGGUUAUCGGCUUGUCAUUCAGUGGUGUCAGCUUGUCAUUCAGUGAUCAUUGCUAAUAUUGUGGCUUACAUUUAUGGACGAGUGGUGCGGUAGUAUUGAGAACUAGGACUUAAAAAUUUCGUCAACAGUGGGUUCAUUGAAGAUUACGAAGGGCAAUGCAAUGUUGACGGUAUGUGUCUCGCCUUUGGAAGUAAUCACCUCUUCCAUAGCCGCUAUGCUUAAUGAGUUACUUGAAAGAAUAUAUAUAUAAAAUAAAAAUUGUAACCAUUUAUUUUUCUUUUUGUUUCAGCGCAAUUAAUAGACUCCCUGCGUGAGCCGCACCAGCAUACGCUGAAGCUACAGAAAUCUCAAAAAUCUCUCUUAGGAUGAUUGAAUGUUUAUGCUUAUUGUGUGUUAUGUGUUAGCCAAAGAAAGUAUAGACUAUAAAAAAAAUAGGAAUAUGAAGAAAAUUAAUUUUUGUAAGUGAACAUUUAUAUAUUCAUAAAAGUAUCAAUAUAACUAUGUUUCUUCAAUAACAGCUGUCAUUGAGAAAUUGCUUGGAAAUAAUAGCGAUAAUACAAUAUGUUUUACAAAUAAAAUCUAGUGAAAUACAUGUUUUGUUAAUUGAAACCUUACAUUGUUUAUGUGAUAAUAAACAUUUUGUAACUAA